AAAGUUAGUUUUUUAGUGUGUUUCUCUUGCAGAGUUGAAGGAAAAAUGCAAAAGUUUGAAAGAUACUGAGAAACUUCUAGGUGAAAGAGAGACACAAAUUAAAGAUCUUGAGAAGAGCAAAGAAACGGCUUUAGAGGAAAAGGACAAACUUUUAAAUAAAUCAAAUGAUAAACUAUUACAAACAACCAGAGAGAUUGAAGAGAAAAAUAAACUGAUGAGUGAGAAAGAGAGACUGCUGGAGAACACAGUCAAAGAACUGGAAACCAGUAAACAUCAACUGGAAACACUGAGAAAUGAACUACAGGAAAAUAAAAGCAAACUACAACUACUGCUGGAGGAAAACAAACUACUGAAGAGUUCUGUGUCAGCACCAGUAAGAAGACGACAGAGUUUUGAAUUUAAUCUUCCAAACAUGAGUGGAGAAACAGCUUCAGUGUUGGUUUCUGGAUCAGAGCUCAGGUUGGUUCUGCUGGGGAGUGCUGGAUCUGAGAAGAGUGCAUCAGUAAACAUCAUCCUGAACAGAGAGGAGAAGAUCCAGACUGAUACAUCAACAGAGAUCCAGCAGAGUGAGAGCAGACAGGGGGAGGUGAAUGGGAAGCAGGUGACUGUGGUGGAAACUCCUGACUGGUUUUGCUCUGGUCUCUCUCUGGAGGAGGUGAGAGAGGAUGUGAGACUCUGUGUCCGUCUGUCUGCUCCAGGACCUCACGCCUUCCUCCUGAUCAUACCAGUACAACAAUCUACUGGAGUAGAGAGAGCAAUGCUGGAGAAAAUGGAGGAGAUAUUUGGGGAGAGAUGUUGGAGGAACACCAUGAUCCUUUUUACUGUCACUGAUGAAGAACAAAAGAAGAACUUUGAGGAUUUUGUCCAGUCAGGGAAUCAGGAGGUCCAGAGACUUGUAGAGAAAUGUGGGAACAGGUUUCACUUUCUCAACAUUCAUCAUAGUGGAGAUGAUUCACAGAUCUCAGAGCUGCUGGAGAAGAUUGAGAAGAUGGUGGAAGGAAACACAGAGAGAUUUUACAGCAGUGAGAUCUACCUGGAGAUUGAGUCUCAGAUUAGAGCGAUGGAAAGACAGAUCACUAGAGCCACAGAGGAGAGAAAAGAGAGGGAGGAGAGAGAGAUGAAUGAAAAAUAG